CUCACGUCGCGCCGCAAGCGUCGCACUGCAAGCGUCGCGCUGCGGGCGUCCUUUGCGGCAGGUCUCUGCGGCGCUCGCAGAUCAUCCGGGAUCGGCAGCCAGCGAAGGGACAAGGGCAUACCGGUGCGACGCCAUGCCUUUCUUUGAUGUGCAGAAAAGGCUGGGCGUUGACUUAGAUCAGUGGAUGACAAUCCAGAGUGCUGAGCAGCCUCACAAGAUUCCAGCUCGAUGCCAUGCUUUUGAAAAAGAAUGGAUAGAAUGUGCACAUGGAAUCGGUGCUACCCGUGCAGCGAAAGAAUGCAAGAUAGAAUUGGAUGAUUUCGUAGAAUGUCUGCUUCGGCAGAAAACGAUGAAACGUCUGAGUGAGAUCAGAAGGCAGCGGAAUAAACUAAUAAAGGAAGGGAAGUACACACCUCCACCUCACCACUUGGGCAAGGAGGACCCUAGGCCCUGAGCAGAGCUGCUGCUGAUGGCUGGAGGCUGAUUUUCAUGUUCUCUCUUCUCCCCUGGAAAGUUCAUUUACCGAAAACUUCUUUGUGAAAAUGUCUAAAAAUAAAGGAUUGCUCUGUCCUAUUUAUUCUAUUUUCUCUUGGAUCAUACUUUUCUAUAAUGAGAUUGCAACCUUUGUUUAAAAUUUGGAAAAAUGCCUUUACCUGUGCCAUAAAAAUUAGCAUGUAGGUAAUAGUAAGCAGCAUGUAAUGACACUUAGUAUAUCUAGGUACUUUAAGUAUGUUAACUUGUUUAAGAAGUUGCAGGAUUCUCUCCUGCUUUCAUUUUGGUUUAUCUUCUAUAAAACAUCGACUCAGGCUGGGAGGGGGAGGCAGUAGAGAGAAUGGUUGUGCAUGCUCAGAUAACUUAAUUUUGUUUUUAUUUCAUUUAAUUAAUAAAUUUCUUCCCCAGAUAA